ACAAAAAUAAUUUAAAUUUCAAAUUGAGUAUUUCCAGUAUUUAAACUAUGAAAAUGAAACAACUAUAAAUUAUUGUAGAUAUGUUAAUUGAUUGUCUGUGGAAUUACAUAGUUUGGAUAAUAAGAAAUAAAAAUUAUUUAAUAAUACCGGUGGUUAUACUUUUAUUCGGCAAUUCACUACGUUCUAAAAAUGAAAAGAGCACUAUCGUACCUCUCGAUCCAGAGAAACCUUUACCGCAAUCCAGAGAAAAACUGCGGUAUUUUAAAAGAGCAGCAAUUUCUUCUGAUGCAGGAGAUUGUGCGAAUAUCGGAAGAGAUAUAUUAUUGAAAAAUGGCUCUGCCGUGGAUUCUGCUAUAGCAGGCAUGAUUUGCAACAGUGUCGUAAACUCCCAAAGCGCUGGAUUAGGAGGAGGUUUCUUUAUGACAAUUUACAGUAAGAGCGAGAGAAGAGUUUACUGUCUUAAUGCAAGGGAAAAAGCACCCUUAGGAGCAACAGAAGAGAAAUAUGCGAAAAAUAAAUACAACUCACAAAUAGGUGCUCUAGCAGUUGGAGUUCCAGGUGAGAUAAAAGGUUAUAAAGAAGCUCACGAAAAAUUUGGGAAGCUUCCUUGGAACAAUUUAAUCGAACCAGUCAUCAAACUUUGUGAUGAAGGAUACAUCAUGAACUAUCACCAGUAUUGGUCUCUUCUAAAGAGGCAUCCAGUUAAUGAUGAAAAUUUGCAGAAAUGGUUCUACGAUGAUCGUGGAAACAUUAAAAAGCCCGGUGAAAGAAUUUAUCCAAAAACAUUAUGCGACUUUCUAAGAGCUUUACAAUCGAAUGGGCCAGAUGAUUUUUAUAAUGGCCAAUUAUCUGAUAUAUUUCUACAAGAUGUCAAAGAUCUAGGAGGAUUAAUAACUCAAGAGGACUUGGUUAAUUACAAGGUAGAGUGGCAAGAGCCUGUGAAUGUAACAUUAAAUAAUGGUGAUGUAUUCUAUUCAUUUCCACCACCUGGAUCUGGUGCGAUAAUAGCUCUAAUUUUAAACAUACUAGAUGGCUAUAAUUUUACUACAGAAAAUUUACAUGAAUCCCAUUACCACAAACAUAUUCACAAAUUAAUAGAAACAUUCAAGUUUGCAUCAGCUCAAAGAACAAAAUUAGGAGAUCCAAAUUUUGUUGACAUGAAGCAAAUUAUAGAAAAAUUAUUAUCGAAAAAAAUUGCAAACAGUAUUAGACAUAAAAUCGAUUUUAACAUUAAUACCCAUUACGAUGCUAGAUAUUAUGAGGCUGAAUAUUAUUUAAAUGAUGAUCAUGGCACAUCUCACGUAUCAGUAAUUGAUGAAAAUGGCAAUGCCGUAUCUGCAACUAGUACAAUCAAUAUUUAUUUUGGAGCCGGUAUAACAUCAAAAAGAACAGGUCUAGUUCUGAACAGCGUAAUGGACGAUUUUUCUUAUCAAUAUUCCGAAAAUUAUUUCGGAUUGCCCAUUUCAGAAGCUAAUAGAUUACAACCUGGUAAAAGGCCACUUUCUUCCAUGGCUCCUUCUAUAUUACUAAAUAAUAAAGGAAAUGUUAAAACUGUCAUUGGAGCAGCAGGAGGGCCGAAGAUUAUCACAGCAAUAUCAUUGACUUUAAUGCGCAUUUUGUGGAUGGGAGAUUCGCUAAAAGACGCCGUAGAAUCUCCCAGGAUUCACCAUCAACUAUUCCCCAUGGAAGUUCAUUACGAAUACGGCUUAAUUUCCGACACAGUGAAGUGGCUAAAAUCUUUAGGUCAUACGAUGGAGAGGAGAACCGAAUCAAUAGUUUACGCACUCCUCAAAGAUCAAAACAACAUAAUAGGAAUCGUCGACUCCAGAAAAGACGGCGGAGGAGUAUACGGAUUGUGAAGAAGUUGCGAACUAAACAAAAACGUAAGUAGAUAAUAUAAAAAAAAGUGUGUAUAAAAAUAUGUAUCUAAUAAUAAAAAGAUAUAUCGAGG